UGGACGUUUUGAACCGAGCAGCAGGAUGUCUGAGUUAAGCGAGGAGCCGCGCUUCACCAUCGAGCAGAUAGAUCUGCUGCAGCGGCUGCGUCGCACCGGCAUGACCAAGCAGGAGAUCCUGCACGCGCUCGACACGCUGGACCGGCUGGACCGGGAGCACGGCGACAAGUUCGGCCGCCGCACCUCUUCCUCCUCCUCCUCGUCCUCCUACCUCGUAGGCGGGGCGAACAGCUGCACCAACAACUCUGCCUCUAACCCGACCGCCACAUUCAACAGCAACGCCACCGCCUCGGCAGCCACCGCCUCUUCCGCCUCGUGCAACGGCAGCAACAGCGGUGAAGGCAGCGCCGGCGAUCACUCCGCCUCUUCCACGACCUCUAAAAUCUCCACAGCCACGCAGACACAGUUUAGCACCGGCGGCGGGCUUUCGCCCUCUCCCAGCAACAGCUAUGACACCUCCCCGCCUCCCGGGCCGCCGCCACCCUCUGCCAUCCUGCCGUCACCGGUGUCCCUGGUGGCRCUGUCUCAGAACGGCCGUGACAGUCUGGCUGCUACGCCCAACGGGAAGCUGUCGCCUCCACGGUACCCGGUGAACAGCGCCGCGGCGUCGCGAGCGUUCGGGUUCGAAGCUGCAGAAGAAGACCUGGAUAUCGAUGAUAAAGUGGAGGAGCUGAUGAGGGAUCAGUCAGAGCAGGAUCUCCCAUUGGCUGCUGCAGCACGGCUCCGACCUGAGCGAGCAGAAGAAGAGAGCCUUCUACCGCUGGUACAUUCUGGAGAAAACCACACCAGGUGCAACUCUGAACAUGCGGCCAGCUCCGCUGCCUCUGGAGGAGAUGGAGUGGAGACAAACCCCUCCACCCCUCACCACCGCCCCUGGAACCUUCCGGCUGCGUCGAGGAAGCCGCUUCACGUGGCGAAAAGAGUGUCUGGCUGUGAUGGAGAGCUACUUCAAUGACAACCAGUAUCCAGACGAGGCCAAAAGGGAGGAGAUAGCCAAUGCCUGCAACGCUGUUAUUCAGAAACCAGGUAAGAAGCUGUCUGAUUUGGAGAGAGUCACCUCCCUGAAAGUUUACAACUGGUUUGCCAAUCGUCGCAAAGAGAUCAAGAGACGGGCCAACAUUGAAGCCACAAUCCUAGAGAGCCAUGGGAUAGACGUCCAGAGUCCAGGGGGGCACUCCAACAGUGAUGACAUUGAUGGGAAUGACUUCUCAGAGCAGGCCUGUGAUCUCCCAUAUUUUGACAAGAGACCUCUGAGCCGACAGUUUGGCCUUUACAGAUUGGAGCCCACUUCGCCAACGCAGGAUGACAGUGGAGCUCACAGCGAGCACCAGGACCCCAUCUCUCUUGCCGUAGAGAUGGCUGCCGUCAACCACACCAUCCUGGCUCUGUCCCGGACCGGAGGGGUGCCCAACGACAUCAAGACGGAGUCCCUGGAGGACGAAUGAGCCGCAGGAGGGACGGAGCAGAAGGGGGGACGGGGGGGUGUCAGAAUGUGCAGUCAAGAGGAGGAAAUAAGGAGAGCAAGACAAAACAGACUAAAAUAAUCCUACUUAGUAAGUUUUCCAAAUGUGUCCCUGAAAACUGCUCUUCCUCUCCUGGCUCCCCCCUUCUUCAGUAUUGUCCAUGUUAACAGUGACCCCCUCACCUUCCCUUAAAAUAUAUAUUUUACUCAACGUAUGACUCAGCUGUUGGACGUGGGCCUCUGUGAGAACGAUCCACUGAACGAAAAAGGAGGUAAGCCAGUCUUCAUGCUCCCACCUGUAGGUGGCUCCUGUCAGGAACUGUGUCCCCUCCUCCUCCCCUCACAGGAUACCUCUCCUCCUCUUCCUCUUCCUCUCCAGCCUAGUUGUCUGAGCCGAUCCUCAGUCUAUCUCACCUCAAACUCAACCUCAGAAAAAUGACGUGUACUGUAUAUAUGAUCUAUACAUGGUUCAAAUGGUUCUCAGUCCCCUUCACCUCACGGCGUUCUACCUACCUGACAACCGACACCCUCAACUCACACCUGUUCACCGUGCAAUCCAUCUGAAGAGCAGCCUCCAGAGAGCCUCCUCCUCUUCCUCUGUGGCAGCGAGGCUUUCAGCAGGAAUUAUCUGGGCCCCGUCAGGUCCUUCAGCCUCUGUAGUCGUCAGUCCUCAGUGGGAGGGGUCUCACAGUCCAGCUGCUGUUUUGGAUUGAAAAUCAAUCCACCCAACGGUUUGUGAA